AUAAAGUGUCAUCAACAUGAUUAUUUUCAGCCACCUCAGCAGCAUAUUCCCAUCACGGACCAACCAAACGCAGCAAACUCUAUCGAACGGAAGGCGAAGAUUCGCGGCCAAAUUUGUUCCGCCUCCGCGAAAACGCACUCUCUUCUCUCCGUUGACCAGUUAACAGAACACCAACGAUUCCUCCUCUUCCUCCUGAUCGUCCCUUGUGGCAACAUCGCAAUCGAGAAUGGAGAACUCCGGUGCCGUUUCUAGCUUCGAUCAUAACCUGCCGACCGUCAUGGUCACCAACGACGACGGUAUCGACGCGCCUGGGCUCCGAUCCCUGGUUCGAGUCCUGGUCUCCACUCGUCGCUUCCAAGUACUGGUUUGCGCUCCUGAUUCAGAGAAGUCAGCCGUCAGUCACAGUAUUACUUGGCGGCAUCCAAUUUCUGCUCGUCGAGUGGAAAUCGAUGGAGCUACGGCCUAUGGAGUGUCUGGCACUCCGGCUGAUUGUACUUCCUUAGGAGUCUCCGGAGCGCUGUUUCCUUCAGUUCCUAACCUGGUGGUGAGUGGCAUAAACUUUGGGAGCAACUGCGGCUAUCACAUCGUGUACUCCGGCACAGUUGCUGGUGCCCGUGAGGCCUUCUUGAAAGACAUCCCUUCAGUCUCUGUAUCAUAUGAUUGGCAAGAUACACUCUUCUCUACACUUAGCUUUCCGGUUGGGGGAAAGAGCAGUGUUGAUGACUUCACCCUUGCUGCUGAGGCUUGCAUACCAAUUAUAUCAAGCAUACUUGCUGAAGUUAAAAAUAAAAAAUAUCCAUCUGGGUGCUUCUUGAAUGUAGACUUGCCAACAAAUGUUACCCAGCACAAGGGGUAUAAGCUCACCAGACAAGGUAAAAGCAUAUAUAGAACGGGAUGGAAGCAAGUUACUUCUACCACACGAGGGAAAAUGUUGUCAACAAUGACAAUGGAUACAGAUGCAAAGAUGCCAGUGGAGGCUGAUAUAAUGGCUGAUGCAUCCCAAGGAAGUCUCAUCUUCCAAAGAGAAGUGGAAGGAGCACAAAUUGUUGAAGAUGAUACGGACCACAAAUAUCUCAAGGAUGGAUAUAUUACUGUAACUCCCCUUGCUGCUCUUUCCCCUGCUGACGUAGGCUGCCACACAUACUUCAAAGAUUGGCUACCGAGUGUAGUUGACCACACAUCCCCGUCUGCCUUAUAAGUUGCUGCAUUUUAUUGGGAAAGCGUCCAAAGUGGUGAACUCAUUACUGGAAAACGAGAGAGAGGGAGAGGCGUUCAAGCUUUGAAGAACCCUAAAGAAGUACCAUUUGCUUGAAGUGAUUAGAAACAAGAUAAGCAACUGCUGAUGUACAUAAUGCGCUGCAUUAAAAGAGUUUGCACCACAUGAGUGAACCGACAGCUCUACCAUUUUAGAUUUGAAAGCCUCAAAUUUAGCAGCUUGCGUGGUGCAAUUCAUGUUUGUUGACAUGAUGCCUACUUGCCUAGCUAAUUGCCUGGGCGGUGUAUUUGUUGGACUUCCACAGGAUGCUGUGUUCGGCCUAAACAAGGAAAGAAGCUACCUUUUCUUUUCGUUAUCGCCCUCUUUUUACAAAGGUUUUGGUCUAAAGAUUUCACAAAACUGAAGGGACAGUGUGACGUGGACAAUAAUGGACAGUGACUACCAGGAUGCUUUACUAUCAAUAUUCAGCUUUACCUACAUGGCUAUGUAUGAAACCAACACCUGGCUAUAGUACUCUAGGUCAUUAAUCAACAAGCCUCAACAUUAAUCGAUAUCAAAUCAGGUAAAUGGCAAAACGAAAAGGAACUCUCAAUGAUAAUGAGAUGGUAAAUAGUCGGUUUCAACAUUGAGAUUUUGGGGUGAAUUUCAUAUGGUAAUUCAAUUCACACGUUAUACAUUCUUGUCAAGGGAGGAAACAAUUUUUGUAGGAGACUUUUAUCAAGUUUUGUCCA